AUGUGGUGCUCGAUAAAAUUGAUAACAAUUACCGCUUUUCUGGCACUAACAACAACAACGUACGCGAUAGAGCAACUUCUCGAACCACCAGCAACGAGCUAUGGUGUACCCGACUAUAGGCUGACACGUUCUUUGGUCGCAGAUAAUGAUUAUAGCAAUGACCUCGUGGGUCUUUCUACAGACCUAAGUGGCAUUUCAGGUGAUCUAAGUGGGCUCACCACUAGUUAUAGCGCGGCCCCAAGUGGUGUGGAUUACAGUCUUAGUGGAAUCGGUGGUGUCAACGACGUUUACAGCAACACCAAUGCUUACUCGAGCGCCGUCAGCGGCUUGUCAAAUUACGGUGGCGAUCUCAGUGCACUACAAUCUGUGCAACAAAUACCAGUUUUCACCUCAUUGCAGCAAGUUCAACAAGUGCCUGUUGUUUCGAAUGUACAAACUAUACAGCAAGUGCCCGUCAUAGCCACUGCGCAACAACCGGUGGUGGUGCAACAACCAGCGCUCGGCAUAGAAGGCCGAAAUUUAGGUGGUGCUGGCGCUGGUGUGCUUGGUGGUUUGGCAGGAGCUGGCAUUGGUGGUGGUAUUGGUGGAGGUUUCAAACGCUAUCGCACCACUGUUCACAUUCGUUCUCGUGGCUUUGGCGGCGGUUUGGGGGGCUUUGGAGGCAUUGGCGGUUUGGGUGGUGUUGGUGGGUUAGGUGGUGGCGUUGGUGGCGGCUUUGGAGGCGGUCGAUUUAAGGCACGUUACACAGAGAGUGCAGGUGGUGCAUUUGGAGGUGUCGGCGCUGUGGCAGGCGCUGGACUGCUAGGUGGUGCUGGUGCUGGUGCUUUGUUACGUUAA